AUGUCAGGCCGUCUCCAAGGAAAGACCGCAAUCGUUACAGGCGGUGCAUCAGGCUUCGGCAAAGGCAUCGCCACAAAAUUCAUCUCCGAAGGCGCCAAUGUCAUAAUCACCGACCUCAACGAACAACAAGGCCAAGCCGUCGCCCAAGAACUAUCCUGCUCUUUCACCCGCGCCGACGUGACCAACCCCGAUGACUGGCGUCGAGUUCUUGACUUUGCUAUUGAGAAGUACAAGCAGCUCGACAUCGUCGUCAACAAUGCUGGCGCAGCGUACUCCAAGAAGCCAACUGAGGAGGUCACGCCCAAAGAUUUUGAUCUCGUGAUGAAUGUCAACGUCAAGAGCGUUUACUACUCUACGAACGUGCUGGUGCCGUACUUUUUGAAGGGGGGGAGGCCGGGGUGUUUUAUCCAGGUUGCAAGUACCGCGGGUAUUAGACCUAGACCUGAGUUGACGUGGUAUAACGCUUCUAAAGCGGCUGUUAUUAAUGCUACCAAGACGAUGGCUGUUGAGACACAUCUGUUUAUCGGCAAGCCUGAUACCGAGGAGAACAGAAAGGGCUUCGUUUCUACAAUUCCUAUGGGCAGACCUUCGACGCCCAGCGAUAUCGCCAAUGCUUGUUGCUACUUGGCAAGUGAUGAAGCAUCUUUCAUUACUGGUGUUGAUCUCGAGGUUGACGGAGGUCGCUGUGUAUAA